UCUACAUGUUGCUGAAUGGACCGUUCCCAAGAGCAGAGAGUCUGCCCUGAGGGCUAGCAAUCCAUGAACCAUGCAAAUAUAGUGCUAUCGAACAACAGAUAUACAACACCAUACAUAUAGACUUCUGCUUCUGACACCGUCACAGAACCCUGAAUACCUACCUUCUGUCAUGGCUGUAUAGAAGACAUCCAGCUGAUAUUAUUAAUGGACUCCAGUGAACAUCCUUUUGGAGUCCACUGACUUUUAUAUCAGGGAUGCGUGCUCUCAUGGACAACAUGAAAGGGUAGUGCUGAAGGUUUUACAUUGACAACAAAAUUUUUGUUACUACUGCAGGCUGGUGAUCUAACCUGGAAAAUAGUUAAUUUAGUUUUUGGCUCAAUUUAACUUCCAGAUAACUGCCUUUUUUAAUUCAGUGGCCCUAUAGAAACCCCUCGAUUUUAGAUUUUUAAUGACAGUGUUGUCUUAAUUAGACAAUUAGAAUGAGUAAAAGCAAAUUGGUUUCCUUCUGGAAAAUUUUUCUCUGUUGACCAUGUUUAACCAUUCUGUUUUAUUCAGCUAUUUUUUUUAAACAUCUCUCAAAGAGUUAAUGCACCUUAUAUAGGACACCUGCCCUUUUGCAGCUUCAUAAUUCAUAUCUAGAUGUCACCGGUGUUUCCCAUGUUAACAGUUCUCAGCAUGUUUUACUAUAUCUGCCUUCGGCGCCGAGCCAGGACAGCUACAAGGGGAGAAAUGAUCAACAGCCGGAGAGCUAUUGAAUCAAACAGCCGAGCCUUACCUAUCAAUGUUGAAGUAGUCCAGUAUGCCAAAGAAGUGUUGGAUUUCAGUUCUCAUUACGGUAGUGAAAACAGCAUGUCCUACACCAUGUGGAAUUUGGCAGGUAUUCCAAAUGUGUACCCCAGUUCUGGUGACUUCACUCAGACUGCUGUGUUUCGAACUUAUGGAACUUGGUGGGAUCAGUGUCCUAGUGCCCAGUUGCCAUUCAAGAGGACUCCACCUAACUUCUAUAGCCAGGACUACGUAGAGCUUGCUUUUGAGGAGCCAGUGUAUCCCACAGCAGUGCAUGUUCUGGAAACAUAUCACCCUGGGGCUGUAAUUAGGAUUUUGGCUUGUUCUGCAAAUCCCUAUUCCCAAAAUACACCAGCUGAAGUAAGGUGGGAAAUCCUUUGGUCAGAAGCACCUACCAAGGUGAAUUCUCCUCAGGCUCGCCAGUUCACACCUUGUAUUAAACAGAUUGACUUUCCCACAAAUCUAAUCCGAUUGGAAGUAAAUAGUUCGCUUCAGGACUAUUACACUGAAUUAGAUGCAGUAGUACUACAUGGUGUGAAAGAGAGACCUGUACUUUCACUUAAGACAUCGAUGAUAGAUAUGAAUGAUUUGGAUGAAGAUGAUGAUGAAGAAAAGAAUGGCUGUGAAAUGGAUAGUCUUAAUAAACAGUUCAGUGUUACAGCCCUCAGGGAAUGGACAACUAAUGGGUAUUUUGAUAAACUGCCUUAUGAGCUCAUUCAGUUGAUUUUGAGUCACCUUACAGUACCAGACCUGUGUAGACUAGCACAGACUUGUAAGCUACUAUAUCAGCAUUGCUGUGAUCCUCUACAAUACAUUCACCUCAGUUUACAACCCUACUGGGCAAGAAUAAAUGACACAUCUCUGGAAUAUCUACUGUCUCGCUGCACUCUGGUCCAAUGGCUGAAUUUAUCUUGGACAGGAAACAGGGGAGCCAUAUCUGUUUCUGGAUUUAGCAGGUUCCUGAAAGUUUGUGGCACUGAACUAGUGCGCCUUGAGUUGGCUUGCGGCCAUUUCCUCAAUGAGACUUGCUUGGAGGUCAUUGCUGAGAUGUGUCCAAACCUUCAGGAAUUAAAUCUCUCCUCCUGUGAUAAGCUACCACCUCAGGCUUUCAACCACAUUGCCAAAGUGUGCAGUCUUAAGCGUCUCGUCCUUUAUCGAACAAAAGUAGAGCAAACAGCGCUGCUCAGCAUUCUGAACUUCUGUUCAGAGCUUCAGCACCUCAGCCUUGGUAGCUGUGUCAUGAUUGAAGACUAUGACCUGAUAGCGAGUAUGAUGGGAGCAAAGUGCAAAAAACUGCGUACUCUGGAUUUGUGGAGAUGUAAAAACAUUACUGAAAAUGGAAUAGCAGAACUGGCUUCAGGAUGUCAGCUCUUGGAGGAGCUUGAUCUUGGCUGGUGCCCUACACUACAAAGCAGUACUGGCUGCUUCACAAGCCUUGCGCGUAAGCUCCCAAACUUGCAAAAGCUCUUUCUUACAGCCAACAGGUCUGUGUGUGACACGGACAUUGAAGAACUUGCCGCUAACUGUACUCAUCUUCGGCAGUUGGACAUACUGGGGACAAGGAUGGUAAGCCCUGCAUCUUUAAGAAAAUUGCUGGAGUCUUGUAAAGAUCUUUCUUUACUUGAUGUGUCCUUCUGUUCACAAAUUGAUAAUAGAGUUGUCCUAGAACUGAAUGCCAGCUUUCCUAAUGUGUUCAUAAAAAAGAGUUUCACUCAGUGACUCACUAUGUGUGCUGCUAUGGAAUUCAUUUGACAGUGUUGUUUCCUGUGA